AUGUACACGGAGACACCUUUCUCCCUUUGGCGAAAGACAUUCAUUCGAUCCCACGAGCCACCAGCGCUUGCCGGAGAUCCACCUUCACAGCAACAUUCGAGUACCAGAGACGGCAGCAACCAUCAGCGCAAUAGACAUAGCAAAGGCAUGAUCCGCAGUGACUCACCCGAGGUGGUCGAGCAGCUGUUCAAAACUACCAGCAAUGGCAUCAAACUGGAACCUCAGCCGACUGAUGAUCCUUCGGAUCCCUUGAACUGGCAUCUCGACAAGAAGUUAGCGACGCUGGCCGUCAUCUCUCUUGCUGCGCUCGCCGGUGGCGCCGUUGGUCUUUGCAAUCAAUUCAGUACGAAUGUCCAGGCGAAGAUUUAUCACAAAACACCCUUUGAGCUAUCGUACUCUCUCAGCGCUGCUGUGGCUGGUCUUGCCACUGGACCCAUCGUUUGGCUACCAUUGGCGAAUUACAUUGGGAAAACCUCUGUCCUCUUCUGGACGCAGCUUGCUUCUUUGGCUUGUGUAGCUUGGUCUUCCGCUAUGACUGGCCCUCACAACUAUAUACCUUUCGUUCUCAGCAAAUGGCUUGGCGCUACUUUUGCCUCGGCGAGCUUUUGUCUUGGCGGAGGCAUUGUCAUUGAGAUCUUCUACCUUCAUCAGAGGGGAAGAGCUUUUGCUACCUAUACUGCCUGCUUUAUUCUGGGUGCUGCUUCUGGAGGUACGCUCAGUGGGUUUAUUGUGGAGACGCAACCUUGGCCGGUGGAGUUUUACUGGAUCAUUCCCUUGUUGGGGAUUUCCGCGAUUCUGAUUUUCCUGUUUCUGGACGAUAGCACCUACGACCGGACCGGCGUUGUCGGGAUCGUCACAAGAAGAACUCCUGGCUUGAUUGCAAAGGAGAGAGUUGCUACUCUUUUGCCCGGACAUAGGAUUCUAUCCGAGGGGUAUAAACGACAGCGAAAUCGAUUCUAUGAUUCGGCUCUUAUUGCAAUUCAACCCAUCACCUUAUUCGCGGGAGCCUUUGUCUGUAUUACUUUCGGCUGGUCCGUGCCGGUGCAGAACCUGAUUGGCAUCUUCUUGCAGAUGCCCAAGGAGCAUGGAGGCUACGGAUUCUCUCCCUUGCAAGUCUCUUGUUUCAGCUUCAUCUCCUGGAUCAGUGUCAUUUCAGCUGAGGUCUAUGGGAUUCUGUUGAAUGAUCGGGUCCCGUUGGCUGUUGCUAAGAGGAGAGGGAUCUGGAGACCGGAAUUCCGACUCUACCCACUUCUUCUGGUUCCUUUGGCAAUUGUUCCGUGUUCUUUGGGAUUAUUUGGUGCUGCUCUGCAGGAAGGCCUGAGUUAUUGGGCUGUUGCUUUUUCUUUCUUCGGCAUCAAUUUCGCCGACGCGGUAUUGCUACCCGUGGUAUUGAAUUAUUUGUCGGAAGGGUUUGGAAGGAAAUUCGCAGGGGAGGUGUUUGUGGUGGUGAACCUUUACCGGUUUCUACUUGGGGCUCUGGUGCCUUUCUUCUUUACCGGAUGGACUAACGCGAUUGGUAUCUCUUGGACAUUUGGGACUAUGGCCUUUUUGUCGCUGGUCGGGUUUGCGUGUACGGGUGUUCUCUGGGUUUAUGGGGAUCGGCUGAGAGGGAUGACGGCGGAGAGGCUGAAAGGGGAGCAGGGAGAGGACGGGGAUAGGGUCGUAGUAGGCAGGAGGAGCAAUGACGAUGAGGAGGAGGUGAAAGGGAUCGAUGUUCAUGUGGGCAAGAAGUGA